AUGCAACUGUGUGUUAGAUUUAUAACAACAGUAUUGUCUUCGAGAACAUUAAAGCUUUUACUUCGGGAGAGAGAUGAUUUAAAAGUACGAUCAGGCUUGACUGGUAACGUUCCAGUGUUAUUGACAACAGCCAUUUUUGGUGACGAAGGCGACAUUGAUGACAUUGGAGCGAACGACUGCGUUGGCGACGGCGAUGACGAUGACGAAGAUUUUAUGUAG